AUGCCGGGGGGCAAGAGAGGGCUGGUGGCACCGCAGAACACAUUUUUGGAGAACAUCGUCAGACGCUCCAGUGAAUCGAGUUUCUUACUGGGAAAUGCCCAGAUUGUGGAUUGGCCUGUAGUGUACAGUAAUGACGGUUUUUGCAAACUCUCUGGGUAUCAUCGAGCUGACGUCAUGCAGAAAAGCAGCACUUGCAGUUUUAUGUACGGGGAAUUGACUGACAAGAAGACCAUUGAGAAAGUCAGGCAGACUUUUGACAACUACGAGUCAAACUGCUUUGAAGUUCUUCUGUACAAGAAAAACAGAACUCCUGUUUGGUUUUAUAUGCAAAUUGCACCAAUAAGAAAUGAACAUGAAAAGGUGGUCUUGUUUCUAUGCACUUUCAAGGAUAUUACAUUGUUCAAACAGCCAAUAGAGGAUGAUUCAACAAAAGGUUGGACCAAAUUUGCCCGAUUGACACGGGCUUUGACAAAUAGCCGAAGUGUUUUGCAGCAGCUCACGCCAAUGAAUAAAACAGAGGUGGUCCACAAGCAUUCAAGAUUAGCUGAAGUUCUUCAGCUGGGAUCAGAUAUCCUUCCUCAGUAUAAGCAAGAAGCGCCAAAGACGCCACCACACAUUAUUUUACACUAUUGUGCUUUUAAAACUACUUGGGAUUGGGUGAUUUUAAUUCUUACCUUCUACACCGCCAUUAUGGUUCCUUAUAAUGUUUCCUUCAAAACGAAGCAGAACAACAUAGCCUGGUUGGUGCUGGACAGUGUGGUGGACGUUAUUUUUUUGGUUGAUAUUGUUUUAAAUUUUCACACGACCUUUGUGGGACCUGGUGGAGAGGUCAUUUCUGACCCCAAGCUGAUAAGGAUGAACUACUUAAAAACUUGGUUUGUGAUCGAUCUGUUGUCUUGUUUACCUUAUGACAUCAUCAAUGCCUUUGAAAAUGUGGAUGAGGGAAUCAGCAGUCUCUUCAGUUCUUUAAAAGUGGUGCGUCUCUUGCGACUGGGCCGGGUUGCUAGAAAAUUGGACCAUUACCUGGAGUACGGAGCAGCAGUCCUCGUGCUCCUGGUAUGUGUGUUUGGACUAGUUGCCCACUGGCUGGCCUGCAUAUGGUACAGCAUUGGGGACUACGAGGUCAUCGAUGAAGUCACGAACACCAUCCAAAUAGACAGUUGGCUCUACCAGCUGGCCUUGAGCAUUGGGACUCCAUAUCGAUACAAUAGCAGCGCAGGGAUAUGGGAAGGAGGACCCAGCAAGGAUUCACUGUACGUGUCCUCUCUCUACUUUACCAUGACAAGCCUUACAACCAUAGGAUUUGGAAACAUAGCUCCUACCACAGAUGUGGAGAAGAUGUUUUCGGUGGCCAUGAUGAUGGUUGGCUCUCUUCUUUAUGCAACUAUUUUUGGAAAUGUUACCACAAUUUUCCAGCAAAUGUAUGCCAACACCAACCGAUACCAUGAGAUGCUGAAUAAUGUACGGGACUUUCUGAAACUUUAUCAGGUCCCCAAAGGCCUUAGUGAACGAGUCAUGGAUUAUAUUGUCUCCACGUGGUCCAUGUCAAAAGGCAUCGACACAGAGAAGGUUCUCUCCAUCUGCCCGAAGGACAUGAGAGCUGAUAUCUGUGUUCACCUAAACCGGAAGGUGUUCAAUGAACACCCUGCCUUUCGGUUGGCCAGCGAUGGGUGCCUGCGCGCCUUGGCGGUGGAAUUCCAGACGAUUCACUGCGCGCCCGGGGACCUCAUCUACCACGCCGGGGAAAGCGUGGAUGCCCUCUGCUUUGUGGUCUCAGGAUCCCUGGAAGUCAUCCAGGAUGAUGAGGUGGUGGCUAUUUUAGGGAAAGGUGAUGUAUUUGGAGACAUCUUCUGGAAGGAAACCACCCUCGCUCACGCGUGUGCCAAUGUCCGGGCGCUGACAUACUGUGACCUCCACAUCAUCAAGCGAGAAGCCUUGCUCAAAGUCCUGGACUUUUACACGGCGUUUGCAAACUCAUUCUCAAGGAAUCUCACUCUUACUUGCAAUCUAAGGAAACGGAUCAUCUUCCGUAAAAUCAGUGAUGUGAAGAAGGAGGAGGAGGAGCGCCUCCGGCAGAAGAAUGAAGUCACGCUCAGCAUCCCCGUGGAUCACCCGGUCAGAAAGCUCUUCCAGAAGUUCAAGCAGCAGAAGGAGCUGCGGAAUCAGGGCUCCUCGCAGAGCGACCCCGAGCGGAACCAGCUCCAGGUAGAGAGCCGCUCCUUACAGAAUGGAGCCUCCAUCACCGGCACCAGCGUGGUCACGGUGUCACAGAUCACACCCAUUCAGACAUCCCUGGCCUUCGUGAGAACAAGCGAGUCCCUCAAGCAGAACAACCGCGAGGCCAUGGAGCUCAAGCCCAAUGGCGGUGCUGACCCCAAAUGUCUCAAAGUCAACAGCCCCAUAAGAAUGAAGAACGGAAAUGGGAAAGGGUGGCUCCGACUCAAGAAUAAUAUGGGAGCCCAUGAGGAGAAAAAGGAAGACUGGAAUAAUGUCACGAAAGCCGAGUCUAUGGGGCUGUUGUCAGAGGACCCCAAGGGCAGCGACUCAGAGAACAGCGUGACCAAAAAUCCGUUAAGGAAGACAGAUUCUUGUGACAGUGGGAUUACAAAAAGUGACCUUCGUUUGGAUAAGGCUGGUGAGGUGCGAAGUCCGCUGGAGCACAGCCCCAUUCAGGCUGAUGCCAAGCAUCCCUUUUACCCCAUCCCCGAGCAAGCCUUACAGACCACGCUGCAGGAAGUCAAACACGAGCUCAAGGAGGACAUUCAGCUGCUGAGUUGCAGAAUGACUGCCCUGGAGAAGCAGGUGGCAGAAAUUUUAAAAAUACUCUCAGAAAAAAGUGUGCCCCAGACCUCUUCUCCGGAAUCCCAAACGCCACUCCAAGUACCUCCCCAAAUACCAUGUCAGGAUAUUUUUAGUGUUUCCAGGCCUGAGUCACCUGAAUCUGAUAAAGGUGAAAUCCACUUUUAA